AUGCCCGGAGCGGCGGUGGCGGCGCCCGCGGCGCCGGCCUCUGGCGGGGGAGCCGCGCCGGCGGCAGGCUCGGGGGUGGCGGCGGGGGCUGGAGGGAUGCUCCCUGCUCAGGAGGCGGCCAAGCUGUACCACACCAACUACGUGCGGAACUCGAGGGCCAUCGGCGUGCUCUGGGCCAUUUUCACCAUCUGCUUUGCCAUCGUCAACGUGGUGUGUUUUUUCCAGCCGUACUGGAUCGGCGACGGCGUGGACACCCCACAGGCGGGCUACUUCGGUCUCUUCCACUUCUGCACGGGCAGCGGCUUUUCCCGGGAACUCAACUGCCACGGCAGCUUCACGGACUUCUCCAGCCUCCCUUCGGGAGCCUUCAAAGCCGCCUCCUUCUUCAUCGGGCUCUCCAUGAUGCUCAUCAUCGCCUGUAUCGUCUGCUUCAUUCUCUUCUUCUUCUGCAACACCGCCACCGUCUACAAGAUCUGUGCCUGGAUGCAGCUGAGCUCUGCUGCCUGCCUUGUCCUUGGCUGCAUGAUUUAUCCUGAUGGCUGGGAUGCAACAGAGGUGAAACGGAUGUGUGGUGAAAAGACAGACAAGUACACACUUGGGGCUUGUUCAAUCCGCUGGGCGUAUAUCCUGGCCAUUAUUGGAAUCCUGGAUGCUCUGAUCCUGUCAUUCCUGGCAUUUGUACUUGGCAAUAGACAAGAUAGCUUACUAGCAGAAGAACUCAAGCUGGAAAACAAAGCAUCUUCUUCUUUCAUGCUUCCCGUGUUCUUCAUCUUGGCCUCUGCGCAUCACACAUCAUGGGUGCUGCUCCUGUGCAUGCCUGUAGCUCGGGAAGAUUGA